CAGCUUUAUCCUUAACAUCUUGAAAACAUCAUGCAGGUUUCCUUUUGUUGUAAUGACCGGCAUACAUGUUCCUGCUGCCCUGUCCGUGUGUUAUCCAUCCUGCAGGAACAUGAGCAAGCUUUGAUGCUUCAUAGUAUAUAUAUUGCAGGUCGUUGGAAGAGAAAAAAAAACAGGGGAGCCAGAGAAGGAAAAAUCAAGGCCCAGCUAGCUGGCGAAGCAAGCAGCACACAAGAAGAUAUUCCAUUAAACUGAAGAAUGGGCAGCAACUUCGUCCUCGCGGUUCUCUUCCUGCUCCUGAUCCCCAUGGCGGGCUGCAGCCCCCCGGCGGAGCCGGUGAUUUGCACGCAAGGGACGUCCGAUUGCACCGUCACCAACACCUACGGCUCCUUCCCGGACCGCACGCUCUGCCACGCCGCCACCGUCAUGUACCCGCGCACCGAGGAGGAGGUCAUCGCCGCCGUGGCCGCCGCGGUGUCCGCCAAGCGGAAGCUCAGGGUGGCCACCAAGCACUCCCACGGCAUCCCCAAGCUGGCGUGCCCUGGCGGCCACGACGGGGCCAUCGUCAGCACGGCGCUGCUCAACCGGACAGUGAGUGUCGACGCCGCGAACCGGCUCAUGACGGUGGAGAGCGGCAUGCUCCUCCGGGACGUGAUCCAGGCAGCUGCCGCGGCGGGGCUGUCCCUGUCGCAGUCGCCCUACUUCUACGGGCUUACCAUCGGCGGCAUGAUGUCGACGGGUGCCCACGGGAGCUCCCUGUGGGGCAAGGGCGGCGCCGUGCACGAGUACAUCGUCGGGAUGAGGAUCGUGACCCCUGCGCUGGAGAGCGAGGGGUUUGCCAUUGUUAGAGAGCUCGCGGCUGGUGACCCGGACAUGGACGCCGCGAAAGUCUCCAUCGGCGUCCUCGGCGUCGUCACCCAGAUCACUCUGGCAUUGCAGCCAUUGUUUAAGCGGUCGGUCACGUUGCUGAAGCGCAACGACUCCGACUUCCCGGAGCAGAUUGCCACAUGGGGCCGGCUCCAUGAGUUCGGCGACAUGACGUGGGUGCCAGCGCUGGGCGAGGUGGUCUACCGCGAGGACGACCGGGUGGACGUCUCCACGCCGGGCAACGGCCUCAACGGGCAGCCCCUCUUCCGCUCCACUCCCACGCGCGAGGCCAUCGAAGCGAGAGCCUUGGAGGAGCGACUGCAGCAGACCAACGCCACCGACGUCGCUCGGUGCGAGGCGUUGCGGCGGCAAGUAGCUGAGGCCGAGCGGGUGGGCAAUGGCUUCACGAACGACGGCAUCGCCUUCACGGGGUUCCCCGUGGUGGGGUUCCAACACCGGAUCCAAACGUCCGGAGGAUGCAUCGACAGCCCGGAGGACGGGCUCGCCUCCUCCUGUGUCUGGGACCCACGCAUCCGGGGCACCUUCUACUACAACGCCGGCUUUAGCGUCCCGCUCUCCAAAGCGUCGGCUUUCGUCGCCGAGAUGCAGCAGCUCAGGGACCUCAACCCGGACGCGUUCUGCGCCGCCGUGGACCCUAGGGUGGGCCUUCUCAUCCGGUACGUGAAGGCCUCCUCGGCGUACCUCGGGAAACCCGUGGACUCGGUCGUCUUCGACAUCCUCUACUACCGGAGCCGCAUCGACGGCACACCGCGCGCGCAUGCCGACGUGGUGGACGAGCUGGAGCAGCUGGCGUUUCGCAAGUACAGCGGGCUCCCGCACUGGGGAAAGAACCGGGAAUUCGCCUUCGACGGCGCCAUCGCCAAGUACCCGAACGUCGGGAAGUUCCUUAAGGUGAAAGGAAGGUAUGACCCCGACGGGCUCUUCUCCAGCGAGUGGACGGACAAGGUGCUUGGGAUAAGUGGGAACCCAACCACCAUCGAGAAGCGUUGCGCCAUCGAAGGGCUCUGCGUCUGCUCCGAGGACUGGCAUUGCGCCCCCGAGCAGGGAUACUUCUGCAGGCCCGGGAAGGUGUAUCCGGAGGCCAGAGUUUGUUCGUUCCAACCCACUGGUCACCGGGAUUAGGAACGAUGACGAGGGCUAAGACACCUCUCCGGCUGGCCAUACAUUGGUUCUUCUAUAAACAAACACUACAACUAUCCACAUGUGCAAUAAGGACAUCUCUAAUGGAUUGUAUGUUAGGAGAUUGUCCAAGUCAUCAACCAACUACACAUCAUGCAACUAAAAUAAAUUGUGUCUAAGUGGGGCAAUAAGAGGUGAGAGAGUAUAAGUUGUGUGUGCAACUAAAGUUUACACUUCCCUUUCGAAAUAUUGUAUUUGUACAAGCAGUCCUUUACAUGCAAAGUGAUAAAUUAUCGUUU